AUGCGAUUCAAUCUACAAAGUCCACUGGGACUAGGCUCCCUCUACGCAUCAGUAUUGUCCUUCUUCUUCGGCCAGGACUCGGGCCAUGUAACGCAUCAUCCAGUACUUCCACCAUCUUAUCCACUGGCAGUGCGUAACCCGUAUUUGUCGGCAUGGAUGCCUAGUGACAGGGUCCAGCGUUUGCCCUAUUCAGAACCCCAGUUCUGGGCAGGUCAGGAUCUUGGUUGGUCGAUUAUUGUCCGUGUCGAUGGACAGGCGUAUAGUCUGAUGGGUGUGCCAAAUCCUGAAGCAAAUGAUAUACGUCCUGCAAUCGUCCAUCGGGCGGAGUUUACCACUACGCAUUCUGUCUUUAACCUCAUGGCAGGUUCUGUGGAGGUCACGCUGGACUUUUUGUCGCCGGUUUCUCCUUCAAACUAUGUUCGACAGUCACUUCCUUUUAGUUACUUGACUGUACAUGUGUCUGCGCCAGAGAGUCAGAUUAUUCAAGUUUAUUCGGAUAUUGACGCCAGGUGGACUGGCAAGGCAGAUCGCUCGCAGCGAACCUUCGACAGACGAAACGGUCUGGCUAUCUACUCGCUAACAGUGAAAGAUGCCCCAUUAUAUACCGAGGCAGAUGACAUGGCUCUUUGGGGUCAAGCUAUCUUGGCUUCUCGGCCCUCUAACUUCAGCACAUUAUCUGCUAUGUCAGGAAAGCCCGAAAAAGUGCGUGGUGAAUUUUCGAAAGUCGGUGCUCUCUCUGGAAAAGAUGAUGCCUGGAGUGAUGAAAGUGUCGUUGCCCUGGUUCAUGAUCUAGGUCACGUCACAGAGGGUUCUUCUGUGAACUUUGUGGUAGGUUACGAGAGGGAAGCUGCCAUCAAUUAUUUCGGAGAAGCAUAUACUGGCUACUACCGAGCCGAGUAUUCGACAGUCUCAAGUGCACUCACAUUUUUCUUGGAUGAUUAUGGUAGCGCAUUGUUAGAGUCAUGGAAGUUGGAUAUGGAGAUCAACACUUUGUCUGCAACUGCUGCAGGUUCAAAGUAUGCAGACAUCAUCGCUUUGUCAACUCGACAGGCAUACGGUGGUAUCGAUUUGACUAUCCCCAACCACACACUGAACACUGGAGAUGUUUUGGCAUUCAUUAAAGAAAUUUCCAGUGAUGGAAACAUCAACACCAUCGAUGUGAUCAUGCCCGCUUUCCCAAUUUACUAUGUCAUGGACCCGAAUUAUAUUCGCUUGCUACUGGAGCCUGUGAUGAAGUACCUUGCUACUGGUCGGUGGCAUCUACCAUACGCAAUCCACGAUCUCGGCACCCAUUAUCCUCAUGCCAUUGGCCAUGACGACCAACAAGCAGAGCCGAUGCCCAUUGAGGAGUGCGGAAAUCUUCUGAUUCUAGCCUCAGCAUAUGCUUAUGCCACCGGAGAUACUCAGUGGACUUCACAAUACACGGAAAUUUUCCAGAAGUAUGCAGAUUACUUGGUGGAAAAUAGCAUCAAUAUUGCAACCCAACUUUCCUCCAAUGAUGCAGCUGGGCCACUCGCCAAUGAGACAAACCUGGCGAUCAAAGCUGCUGUGGGUCUCAAGGCAUUUGGAAAGAUGAGUGGGGACAACUACUACUCUCAUGUUGGAGAAAUGCAUGCAAAAAUCCUCUUUGAGCAAGGUUUAGGGACAGACAAUGCGCAGACACAUUUUGUGCUGGAGUAUCCUGACAACCCAGAAACAUGGAAAACCCCGUACAACCUCUUCCCAGAUGUCUUGCUAGACCUGAAGACGUUCCCUGAUGCAGCCUAUCGAAUGGGCAGUGAGUUCUUUGCAGCCGUCCGAGGCGAGUACGGUGUUCCUCUCGACAAUCGUCAGGACUGGGCAAAGUCAGAUUGGAAUAUGUGGCUGGCUGCCACCUUUGAUACGAGCACUCGGGAUGAGUUCGUCAAUGACCUGUGGGCAUUUAUGACCAAUGGGAAGCACAACUGGCCGUUUUCCGAUCGGUACGUUGCUAAAUCUGCGCACGGCAAUGAGCCUGGUGUUCCUGUUCUUUGUCGAGCACGUCCCACUGUCGGCGGUCAUUUCGCGCUGUUGGCAUUGAAGGGGCCGAGUUCUAUAUCGUCUUUGUUGAGUCUGGCCCAUGGAAAAGAAUCUGAGGCCGUGCAAAGGACUCUGAGGCAGAACCAUAUGCUUGAGUCCCAAGAGCUAUGA